ACAUGACCAGGUAUUCAAAUUUGUUUGACCCCACAAAUUAUAUCAACAAAGAAAAACAGAGGUAUGUACAAUUGGUGUGUGUGUAUUAUAUAUACAUGCACAUCUUAUUCUUGUUUUGGGCUGUACUGAUGAUAGAUAAUCCUGUCUUUUAGUGAACGCUUGACUAUAAGUUAUUUCACCAUUCACAUACACACAAACAGCUCAAUUUCAACUCACAGAAUGGCGGAGAUGGAGUCAGCUGGUAAGCCCAGUACCGCCAUGAAAAGAGCUCUUCUCUUCCUAAACGUUAUCCUCUUAUCUAUAGGCAACUGUGGCGGCCCACUAGUUAUGCGUCUCUACUUCAUCCACGGAGGCAAACGAAUUUGGCUCUCAAGCUGGCUUGAAACCGCCGCUUGGCCGUUUAUUAUCAUCCCCAUCACCAUAGGUUACUUUUAUCGCCGCCGCAACCAGUCAUCACCCACCAACUUCUUCUUGAUGAAAACUCCAAUAUUCAUUGCCUCAGCGGUUAUUGGCGUACUAACUGGCUUCGAUGACUAUCUCUACGCUUAUGGCAUGGCUCGUCUUCCUGUUUCUACUUCUUCUUUGAUCAUCGCUACCCAGUUGGCUUUCACUGCAGCUUUUGCUUUUCUUUUGGUCAAACAAAAGUUCACCUGUUAUUCAACAAAUGCUAUUUUUCUGUUGAGUAUAGGAGCUGGUAUUUUAGCUCUACAUACGAGCAGUGAUCGGCCGGCUAAUGAAUCAAGCAGGGAGUAUGUAUUCGGGUUUCUUAUGACAGUCGCGGCGGCGGCUAUAUACGGGCUUAUCUUGCCGCUGGUGGAGUUGACGUACAAGAAGGCCAAACAAGAAAUAAGCUAUGCUCUCGUGUUGGAGAUUCAGAUGGUGAUGUGUUUGUUUGCUACAGCUGUGUGUACUGUGGGAAUGCUAAUUAACAAUGACUUCAAGGUCAUUGGAAGAGAAGCUAGAGAGUUCGGGCUGGGUGAAACAAGUUAUUAUGUGCUGAUGAUGGGAAGUGCAUUAAUCUGGCAAUGUUUUUUCUUAGGAGCAAUAGGUGUGAUUUUUUGCGGGUCGUCUUUGUUAUCAGCUAUAAUCAUCGCUGUUCUACUUCCGGUGACAGAAAUUCUGGCAGUGAUUUUCUACCAAGAAAAGUUUCAAGCAGAAAAGGGUGUUUCUCUUGCACUAUCCCUUUGGGGCUUUGCUUCAUACUUUUACGGGGAAGUAAAACACACGAAAAAGGAGAAACAAACUCCUCAAACAGAGAUGCUUCCGGUUUCUAACCCAUGAUGAACCGCAUUCAUACCUGUUGUAUUAUCUUUUAGGCAAACGAGCCAAAUCUUUGCUGGCAAAGAUUCAUGUUCGUGCCAAUAUUAAAUAAUUUAAUCUUCGUUUUAACUUAAAACUAGAGACUUUAAGAAAAGAAAUAAAAAAACCCUUUAUAUCAA